AUGUCCAUUAUAAGGAAGUUAAGGCGAUCAAACAAUUCACUUGAUUCUGAAAUUGACUCCCCAGUUGUCGGUUCUAAGCUUCGCUACGAUCUUGAAGCCAUUGGACUUGCCUCGACCGACUAUGGUAAUAUUGUUCAAGAAAUUCCUUCCGCAGUUCUUUAUCCAACAUCCAUAGACGAUAUUAUUGAGCUUAUCAAACUCUCUAACAAAUGUCCACUCCCAUUUACCGUGGCGGCAAGGCCAUGGACAUUCUGUGAGAGGACAGGCCAUGGCACAUUAUGGGGUAGUGGUGANUCUCUAACAAAUGUCCACUCCCAUUUAACGUGGCGGCACAAGGCCAUGGACAUUCUGUGA